AUGAGAUUAAACUCUAAACAUAAAACUAGCAGGUCAUUUAUUAAUUUUAUGACCCCAAAAAUUCAAGUUGAUGAGGUUGUUAUUGACACUCAACCAAUAGAAGAAGAACCAACCCGGCCAACCGUUGUUAUUACUACUGAUGUUGGCUCAACGCCUCCAGAACUACCCGAGAAAUCUCAUAAAGAUGUAUUAAUAUCGGAAGCAAGAAUUUCUGCUAAAAAAUGUUUUGAAGAAGACGAGUCUUUUAUAAGAAAAGAAUUAAUAGCUGAAUUCUUGGGCGGAAACAAAAAAUUAAAUUCCUUGGCUUUAAAAUUUUAUAUGGAUUAUUUUGAUUUCUCCAAUCUACGAUUAGAUGUAGCAUUUCGACAUUUAUGUGGUAAGUUAUAUAUAAAAGGUGAAACUCAACAAGUAGAUCGCAUAUUGGAACGAUUUUCAAUACGUUAUUGGGAAUGUAAUCCAAAAUCUGCUUAUGGAAGUUCUGAUAUAGUACAUGCCAUUUCAUAUUCUAUUUUAUUACUAAAUACUGAUCUUCACAUUGCCCAAGUGACCAGCAAAAUGUCAAGAUCUCAAUUUAUUAGAAACACAAUGUCAACUGUUCAUGCACAAGCAAAUCUAUCGGCACAAAAUAACAAUAGUGUUAGAGGGUCCUAUGAGGAUGAUUGUAAUUCAUUAUUAUCUUUAUCAUCAUAUAAACAAGGCAAUAAUGCGCUUGCAUUGCAACGUAGCAUUAGCAAAAUAAGUCGUCCUAAUACAAGAUUGGCUGCACUUAAAAAAGGUAUAGCUUCAAAUCUUAGUUCUAAAGAGAAUAAUAGUCAUCAUAGUAAUAAAGAUUCCUCCAAGAAUACAAAACUUUCUCCAAGUCCAAGUUUUGCUAGUGGAAGCAGUGGUGAUAUGAACAAUAGUAGAAAUAGUUUAUAUCGUUCAAAUAGUUCACAAACUUUACCAACAACCUUAUCCUCAUUUUCAUUAAGACAUGCAUCAUCAUCAGAAACAGUUUUCACCUCCACAAUAGCAGAAUCAGCAGACGAAGUUUCUGACUCGGUUUCAACAAAUGAAUCAUUAGAAUUGUAUUUAUCAGGUGCACCAUAUGCAAAAGAAGGUUUAUUGUUUAGGAAACAUUUUUGGGAAUCAUCAAACAAAAGAUCAAAAGAUAAGAAUUGGAAAGAAUGUUUUGUUGUUGUGGAGAAGGGAGAGUUGAGACUUUAUAAAUUUGAUUCACAUGGUUCUAAUAGUUCUGCUGGGGUUGGUGCCAUGGGUGGUGGAAAUUGGAUGGAAAAUGCAACAGCAUUGGGCGAAAUAACUCUAUGUCAUACAAUAACAAAUUCACUUCCACCACCAGGUUACAAUAGGUCACGUCCACAUGUUUUUGCAUUGUCAAUACCAAACGGUGGACUAUACUUUUUCCAGGCUGGUACAGCUGAACUUGUUGAGGAAUGGGUGUCUACAUGUAAUUAUUGGGCAGCUCGUACAAGCAAGGAACCGUUAACAGGCGGUGUUAGUAAUAUAGAGUAUGGAUGGGGUAGAUGUUUGGCAUUGGACGAUGAUGACAAUAAUAUCAAUGACGAUAAUAAAAGUAUUAUGAGUGACAUGCGAAGUACUAUCAGCUUUAAUUCUAUGAUGCAUCCUAAUUCUGGCUCUAGUCAUAAUAAAAUUUUUAUUCAUGAGUGGAAACCACCGUUACCACCUGGCGUUUCGAGCGUUUUAGAUGAGGAUUCACAACUUGCAGCUCUUAAAAAAUAUAGGGCCGAUCUUGAAAAUGAUUUAGAAGAACAUAAAAAUUAUUGGGAACCAAUGUCCAAAUUGUUCACACCACGAUCAACAAAUAAUUCAAAAGCUUUUACAAAUUGGGAAAAGAAAUCACAAUGGCUGUUGUAUGAAAUAAUCAAAUACAGCACUUAUAUUGAAAGUCUUGAGAAUUCUAUAUCAUUAAAACUACGAAGACGAAAAGAAAAAGAAUCGCCAUCACCAUUAUUACCCGGUAAAAUUUCAAGUGAAGAAGAAAUUAAAAAGGAGCAAUCAAGGGCAGAGUUUAGAGCUAGGGCACGUAAAUCUGUUCAAAUGUUACAUAGAGCUACGUGGACACCUGGUGAUGGGUUUUCAUUAAGCUUACCUAAAGAAUUGCUGUUUGGUGAUGCAUUAGAUGAUGGUAUUGAAGGCAAUGGUAAUAAGGGUGACAAAGGUAAUAGUAAUGGCAGUCUAUCGGACAAUGGACCAGAUCGCAGCCAAAAAGGUACAUCGUAUCCAACGCUUGAAAUGAGGGGAGUUGUCGAGGAGGAAACAAAAUUAGGCAAUAUAAGAGAUUCGGAUUAUGGGCUUGGGUAUAAAUGGGUCGACAGAUUUGGAUAG